UGCAGCAGUGUGCAGUGAGUUCUAUGCAAUUUCAAUGAUGUAUAUAUUUUGAUAUUAUGUUUAAAUUCAUAUUCCACUAGGUCUCUCAUUUCGCACUCUAGCAUUUUCUUAAUCUCUUUCUACAUGAAAUUCCAUAGGGCAGGUUAUGUGUUAAAGUAAAGGUGCAGAAAGCUAAUUCUAUGGACAAACAUCGCGUCCACCCUUCAUUGUUAUAAUUUGUAUAGGAAUGGUCAAGUUCAUUGUUUUGUUCUGUGUAGAGUGCUGGGCAGUACCAGCUUCCUUGUAACUUUUAAUUAGACUGUCUAAUGAGCAGUCUGGCUUGACCAGAAGUUCAGAGCCUUUAAAUAGAGAUGCAAAAAGCCAAGAAACUUCAGUUCGUAGUAAAGACAUAGAAGAGAGAACUCCAGUUGACCGUCAAGAUAUUUCUCGUAUUGAUUGCAACCAAGUGUAUAGUCUUAUAGCCUCCAAUUGUUCUCAUCUUUAGAUUCCCUUAUAAAAAUCGCCAAUGGUAUUUGAAUGGUGGCGAAUGGUAGUUGAAUGGUGAUCUGAAUGGUAAAUGGUACGCGAAUGGUAUUUCAGUGGUGUUUCAAUGGUAAGUUCUUAAUGGUAAGUGGUAGUUUAUGGUAGUUGAAUGGUGAUCUGAAUGGUAAAUGGUACGCGAAUGGUAUUUAAGUGGUGUUUCAAUGGUAAGUUCUUAAUGGUAAGUGGUAGUUUAUUUAAUGGUAAAUGGUAUACCAUAUACCCAAUGGUGUCUCAGUGGUAUGUGUCUAAUGGUAUGAUUGGUAUGAUGAAUGGUAUACCAUACCCAAUGGUGUCUCAGUGGUAUACAAUGGUGUCUCAGUAGUAUGUGCCUCUAAUGGUAUGAUUGGUAUGAUGAAUGGUAUACCAUAUACCCAAUGGUGUCUCAGUGGUAUUCAAUGGUGUCUCAGUAGUAUGUGCCUCUAAUGGUAUGAUUUGUAUGGUGAAUGGUAUACCAUAUACCAAUGGUGUCUCAGUGGUAUACAAUGGUGUCUCAGUAGUAUGUGCCUCUAAUGGUAUGAUUGGUAUGAUGAAUGGUAUACCAUAUCCAAUGGUGUCUCAGUGGUAUACAAUGGUGUCUCAGACUCUCAGUAGUAUAUGUGCCUCUAAUGGUAUGAUUGGUAUGGUGAAUGGUAUACCAUAUACCCAAUGGUGUCUCAGUCGUAUUCAAUGGUGUCUCAGUAGUAUGUGCCUCUAUAAUGAUAUGAUUGGUAUGGUGAAUGGUAUACCAUAUACCCAAUGGUGUCUCAGUGGUAUCCAAUAGUCUCAGUGGUAUAUGUGUAAUGGUAUGAUUUGUAUCAAUGGUAUACCAUAUGCCCAAUAUGGUGUCUCAGUAGUAUGUGCCUAUAUAGUGGUAUAAUUAAUGGAUAGUUGUUGGAUAAUUGUAACGCAAUUGUGGCUUAGUGGUGUGUGCCUAAUGAAUGCUAUUUAUGUUAAUGGUGAAUGGUAUGCCCAAUUGCAUUACCCAAUAACAUAAUUCCGAAGAUUUAAAGAAAAAAAAAGAUCAAAGAUUAAAAAUUAGAAUUAUUAAAAUUUUUGAGUUGUGACUUUUAUGCGAGCAGCUUCCCCAAAUCAGGCCCAUUCGCUCAUGAUGGCAAACAUGGUCUGUUGCAUUCUUUUAAAUUGUCUUUGUCUUUAUUAAGUAAAAGGCCUAUAUGUGUUUAAAUAUAAUUGAACCAGUGCUUAAAAUACAAUAUUAUUAAUUUGUUAUAUUUUACAAUUGUACAUAUUACCUUCUAAAUUUAUAUCUGAUGCAUUGAGUGCAAAAAUAAAAGGAGUCAAUGAAAUCUUAUUUGAUAAAAAGGGUUUUUAUUGUACCUUAAUAUCAACGGACAAAUUAUUUCACAGCCACUCCCGAAAGGGAAGAAUAUAAUCAUCAUUUACCGUAAAAAUCUUGAAAUUAAAACAUGCAAGUUUUAAAGAGCAUGAACAAGAUGUGUAUCGUACUAAAUAGAAAAUUGUACACUUCAUCAUCCUUUCUUUUCUCUUUUUGUUUCUUGGUAUAAUUUGAACGGCACACCACCUCUCCUAUCUGUACGGUAUACAGUUUUUUAUGUAACGCCCCCCCCCCCCCUUCUUGAAAGUUUUGUUCUAUUUUUAAAUUAAUUUUCUUAUUUAAUUAUGGCCACUUUUUAUAAAGAGAGCUAUGGGGUGUUGCAAGAAAAUAUUUGCAGUCAAUCCCAAAAUUCGGUUGCAAAUUUACAAGUGAUAGACUAAUUUCAUCUAAAGUAAACAAAUUUAUAGAUUUAUUGAUGGAAGAAACAAUAAAUCAGUUGCAAGUUUGCAAUGAAAAGUAAGACUUUCAAUUGAUUUUGGAGUUUGAAAUUGACUUGCGUUCAAUUGCAAGUUUCUUGCAAUGUCCCAUAGGUCAUUAUUUUGCUUAAAAUGAAUUCACUGUUGGUUGUCUUCCUCCCCCAACCCCUAUUGAAAUUCCCAUCGGCAAACCCUGAUUUUGGUCUGCAACGACCAAAGCCCCCUCCCGGCCAAUUUAUAUAUCGCUACUACUGCUUUUGAUCAUAAAACGUUCCUCUUUUUUUUUUCUUUACAAAUUGUGUUUUAAUUAUUUUUUCUCACUCAUGGAUGGUGUUUAUAAAGAGGAGAGCUAUUCUAGGCCUGUCAUUACUUGCUUAAUUGAAAUGAUUUGUCUGUUAUUGUCUUGCCCCCCCCCCCCCAGUAUCAAAAUUCCCUGCCGCCAGGCUAGUACAAUAUGUAACAGAAAAAAAAUCUAAUGAACGAAAUUCUCAAUUGCAAUCAAAACAAAAGCGAAAUUAAACAAAGAGAGAAAAGGAAAAAAGAAAUAAGUAAAAAAUAUAUAUAUCGAAAAACAGAAAAAUAAAUUAAAAAAAAAGAAAAGAAAAAGACUAAGACAAAGAAAAGAAGAAAGACUGAACAGAAAAAAAGAAGGAAAAAGAAAAAAAGACAAUGGAAAAAAAAAAAAGACAUGGAAUUAUAGAACAGAAAAAAAUUGAGCAAAAUGAUUUUUUUCAUAGAUCCUUUCAAAGGAUAAGCAGUGGCAAAAAUUGACUGCAUGGUUAAUUGCCAACCCAGAACCAAUCAAGAAAAAGACACCCCUGAUUUGGUCUUACAUGCAAUUCACUCCUCCCCCAUAUCGGGAUGUAUCUUGGCUAAGAAGCCCCCUCCCCCUGAUUUGGUCUUGAUUUACCCCCCCCCCCCCCGAUAUCGGGAUGUGUUGGCUGCGCUGCUAGCUAGCUCGCUCUAUGUAUGUAAGUGUUGUUCUCGCACGCGCGCGCGCACGUACGCAUGUAACCGCCAAUUGCAAUAUUUGAAAAAAGAACCCGAUCAACCACUGUUUUGCUGUUCAGAAGUCCGUCUAUAAUUCAUCAUAAACUAAAGGAACACAGGUCAGAUUCGGACAACGACUUCAAAUUCAUUCGCAGAAUACGCUAAACAGUAAGUUAGAUAACAAUUUUCUUUGAUAUUGUUUUCGUAGUUAGUGGCUCGGCCUGAUUUUCUAGAAUGUUACUGUUAGUGUUACUGUUAGAUGUCGUUGUACUGCCACGGGGUUUCACUGCCACCGUACCGCCACUGCCCCGUUGGCGCGGGCCGGGACACGCCUGUCUCUGGCGAGAUGGAUUAUGGGGUGCGUUAAUAUGCUUUGUAUUGGCUGAGGUGAGCUGAGCCGAGCAUUGUCAUUGAGUAGUAAUUCGCUCGUAGGGCUUGAUAUCUAUUGUCAAUGUUUUACAAAACCAUAUCUGAAUACCGGUAUGAAUUUAUGAAUGAAUGACUUGUUAAAUUAAUGCUGUACAGUGCAGUACUGUCAUGACAUUGACUGUCAAAGUGUCAAUUAGGCCAUUGGUUACUGCACAACAUUGACAUUGUUUCACUGAAAUGGAAACCUUGCCGAAAAAUAUUGCUCUGGAAUGAGGCCUAUUAUUUGCUGAUGUUGGUAGAUAAUGUUGGUAAAUUAAGAUGACAUGGACAUGGUAGUAUUCAGGUGAAACAUGGUAAGGUGUCCUAAAUUUUAAAACAUAAAGUAAAGCCUUAAAGGCUACGCAGGCCCUAAAAAGCUACGCACCACUUAUUGCGCAUGCAAUUUCAAUGGUAAAAUGUGCACUUUGUGUGCGGAACUGUGACUGGAGAGAGUGACAAACGAUUCCUAUUCAAUUUUUCUAGAGAGACUGCAAUAAUUAUUCAGAGAAAACCUACAACUGUUUGGAAUUAACAUAUUUUAGAAAUUGAGGCAGAGAAAUAUUCCAUGAUAAAUCAAGAAGUGUUCUGAAAACAUGGCGGGAUUUUGGUAUUAGUGAGUUAUGUGAUAUUUUCUUCUUGGUUAGGCCUAAGGUUUUUUAGAAUAUUUAUUACAUAUGAAUACGAUAUAAUUUGUUCAAAUAUAAAAAUUGGCAUAGUUUUUGACGUUUGUAAUCAAAAUUUGUAGUUUACAUGUAUAUAUGUAAAUGUAUCCCCCCAAAAAAGGGCCUAUGCUAAUCUGAACUCAGCCAUGCCAGCUGACUAAAAUCACAAUUUCUGAAUUUUUUCCUUGGGAUUUUCCGUGGGAUUGGGCGCUAAUUUCGCACCGACCAACUUCGAGCAAAAUUCACCACCAAAUGUUGUUCUCAAAUGUCAUAUCAAGUCUGAAUUGCAUUUGAAUGUCCAUAUGCCCACCGCUUUUCCGAAUAUCGGGAACAGCUGUAUAUCGGCUUCGAUCUCUACGUCAUUGUUUGAAUCCUCAUGCGUUGCUGUGCCGUAAUUUUGAUAUGGACUGAAAUUUAACGGGAUUUUUUUUUAUGGUCAGACGACAAUCGCACAUUAUAGACAGCCUAAAAUAAUGUACUGAAAACCGGAUAUGAAUCGCGCAUUGCAUUCUAGGUAAUGUAGGGACUUUCCCUAUUGGCAAUCGGGGCUAAAACAUGACCGUCUUUGGUCGAAAGAGGGCCAGUGAUCGAUCGGUGACGAUCAUUGGCCGAAAGGAGCUUGUGUAAACAAUCGCCCCGGGCGGUCGUCGUAAAAACCGCGUAAAGAGAAAGUUAAGGGUUAGACAGCGAUUUUGACAGCUGGAAACAGGUGGUGGUCAUAAAGAGCUCUCGUUGAAUGUCCAUUCGUAAUAGGUCCAUGCUUUAACAAGCACAAAAAAGGAGAUCUUUACUUGUGUAUGAGACAAUUAACGUGUUUACACUUGAUCGGCUUUUGGUUCAGAACCAAAAGCCGAUGCAGAAUCGGCUUUUGGUUUAUCUUGCACUGCAUUUACACGCUGUUACAGCUUGCGGUGCAGAAUCAGCUCGCGUGUCAAAAACCUUAAUUGAUACGCUCACCAACAAUAUACGUCAUAAUAAAGACAACGCUGGAUCCGAGCGCUUACAAUUAUGUCACAAUGGUAAAGUAAAUGAAAUGCGCACCAAUUGCCGAUGCAGAAUCGGCUUUCUGUUUACACGUAGUAAAAAAGCCGAUUCUGCAUCGGCUCGUGGUUCUGAACCUACUACUUUGGUGGUGCAAAUUGCUGAUUCUGAACCGCGAGCCGAUGCAAGUUAAUCGUGUUUUACACGCUAUGAAAAAGCCGAUUAAGUGUAAACACGGUAUAUAUUUCCGUUAGAAAUAUUUGCUGUAACUUUCAAAAGGAGGGACACACUUGUGUAAGGACGCCAUAUUUACAUUAAACACAUUGGCCCGAAUUCACAAAGGUGGUUUUGAAAGCCCACGGUUGAGUCCAUGGUGUAUGCAGAUUUCCUGUAUAAAUUACGCUUAAUUUAGCACGUAUCUGGCGCGUGUAUAAAAAAUGUCAAAUUCUGAUGCGCGCUUUUGUCGCAGUGCGCCAAAUUGACGCCUGUUACCAUGGUUAGAUACGCUAUUUUAUUCAUGAGUCCACUGUUUGAAGAGUGGACUCAUUGGCCCGAAUUCACAAAGGUGGAUUCUACAAAAUCCACAGAUUUUAGAAUCCGCGGAUUUUUGAGUCCAUGGAUUCUGGAAAAUCCGCGGAUUCUGCAGUUUGUGAUUCACCAACGGUGGACUCAAAAAUCCGCGGAUUCCACCAGACCCACGGUUGAGUCCAUGGAUUCAACCAUGGACUCAACUAAAUCCAUGGAUUCAACCAUGGAUUUUCAAUCAAAUCUAGGGAUUUCCCCUUUUUUGAGACUGCACUGAGCAUGCUCAGUGUCAUAAAAGAAUAAACAUCUGCAGCAUAUACACAAUAAACUAAAAAUAUAUUAUUUUAAAAUACAUGUUUGCUGGUACAGACCCCCCCCCCCCCCCAUCUCCCAAGAAUUCUGUUUGCUGGCAUUGGUUGUUGUGUAUCAUUACACACACACACACACACACACACUGUACACACACAAAAUAGAACACAUCAUCAGCUGGCUGCACUUAAUCAACAACCAUCAUCAUCAUCAUCUGUUAAAGUACAGUCCACAAUGGCCUUGAAGUGGCAGAAGGCGGAAAUUAAUUAUUUAAUUGAAUUAAUCGCUGACAGACAACAAAAGAUUUGUAAUAGAGAAACGCAUCACAAGGCCAAUGAGGCGAAGACUGCCGCGUGGAAUGAGGUGGAGGAGCAGUUCUGUGCUCGAUUCGGGAGGCGGUGGCCCCUCCACAAAAUGAAGGAGCUGUGGAAGCGCCAAAGAGGGUAUGCUAAGAAAGAGUUUAGCAACUUCAAAGCUAAAUUGAGGCAGACUGGUGGCGGUCCUCCACCAUCCCCACUGUCUGCAUCAACCAUCCUAAUCAAAGAAUUGCUGCCAGGGGAUUUUGUACAACUGCAAAAUCCCUUCGACGAUGACGUUGUUCUGGCAAACGAGCAGGCGAUGACAGCUCUGGACUUUAUUCGAGGGGUUCACAAAUCAUCUUCAACAAUCCAUACACAUGGUUCAGCCGCCCAACAUGCCCAAAGAGAUCCGAAGAGUAGCACUGAAGCGUCAAGAUCAUCUUCAACAAUCCAUACACAUGGUUCAGCCGCCCAACAUGCCCAAAGAGAUCCGAAGAGUAGCACUGAAGCGUCAAGCAGUCAAUCCAACAUUCUGGCUUCUUCGUUGUUAGCAACAUCAUCAUCUUUCGCAGUAAGACACAUUUCCGGAGUUGAGACACCCCAGUGCCAUACACCUGUUUCCAACACGGCCUCUAUCCCUAUUGACCUGACAAGUGACAUUGAAGCUUCAAGCAACCAUCCUUCCAGCAGUUCUCGACCAUAUGCAUCAUCUUCAUAUCUAUCUUGUCCUAGAUCAGCAUCAUUGUCAAAAGAAGUCGUUGAUGAAUGUGAUAAGCCAGGAGACGAAACAGAUGACUUCCCCAAAACAAGCAAUCAGUCUUCAAGCGUUGGAAGACCAUUUGCACCGUCCCUUUCCUCUACAUGCAAUGCAUCACCUCGAAAGAGGAACUUGGAAAAUCGUCGCCAAGGCACCAAGAGAGCUCGUGUGACAACAGAGGAAGCCAUUCUAGAGCUGGACAAAAAAGAGCACGAGCUCAGAAUGAGGCUUAUGCUCAAAGAGCACGAAAUCAAAAUGAAGUUGAUCAACGCUGAAUAUGAAAAUAAAAUGAAAAUUGCCAAUGCUGAACAUGCCAUCAAGAUGGACAUUUUUUCUUUACAGAAAUGUACUGAAGCAGCAAAGAACAGAGAAGCCCUUGGCUACCCUAAUUCCGAGGAUUAAGAAUUGAAAUCAUCAAUUAUGGUCUAUCCAUGCAUGUACACAUAUUCUGUUAAUAAUUGAAUUUAAUUAAAAUUAUAAUAUCCAAUAAUAUAUAUUAUAUAAACAGUACUGCAGAUUAUAUCAAAUACUUAUAGCUAAAGAAAUUACAGAAGUUCUUGAUUUGCUGAUGUGGUUGGGAGAAUUCAUUUGAAUAUUUAUAUCAUAAGAACUGUAUAUAGACAUUAUCUAUUCAUAAAUUAGUCCUUAUGUUGUUGUAAUGGAUGACAAUGUACUAGAAAGACUGAGAAAAACAAAUAUAGUAUACAGUACCUGACUCAUUAUCAACAUUCAUGAAAACUAGGGCAAUAAAGUUUAAAAUGUCCAGCUCAGAUGUCAGAUAUGGGUAAUUAUAUUUCAUAUUUAUGUUAUUAAUGUACAUAUAUUCUUCACUCUCUAUGAUGAUUAAGUAUUUAUUGAAUAUUGAUAUAUGACUUCGGCAUUAUCAAUUGGAAAAUACACGAAGAGCAUGACAGUAAGAAAGUGAGUAUUUAUUUUUUAAAGUAAACCUAGUUAGAAGGAUCUGGUCUUUGUCUGAAUGAUUUUCACACUUCUCUAACUUAAAGAAAUACAAUGGAAUUAUAAGAUUUUGUAUAUAUGUUCAUAUAUCAAACACAAGUAUCGAAAGACUCACUUAAAACCAGUCUUCUUAAUAUCUAAGAAUUGGACCACGACAAUGUCAGUUGUUGGGAUGUUAGACGUAGAAAUAUAAGAUAUCGAUAAAUAAACGCUAUGUUUAUUGAAAAAUGAAUAUAUGCUGUGAUAUAUUCAAUAAAAAUGUAUAUAAAUCACAGUAAUAUUACACCAUGUGCCAUUAGAAUUAUAAUGUUCAUUGAAAUAAAACACAUGUGAUAUGUUUCUUUCAAUUCAUAUUCCAAUGCCUUACAUGUAUAUAUCCGACAAUGGAAAGGACAUCAAUUCAAUUUGAUGAGAAAAGUAAAUGAAUGGAUAGUUUGCAAAUAAACUGCAUUUCCUGAAAUUGCAAUCACUCAAUUAAAUAUUGUUCUGUAUCAUUCUUUCAUUGUAUGGCAACAAUAACAUACACAUUGCACAAUAUUUAUCCAUUCAUUAACUGUAGGCCCAGUAGAUGCAUUAUCAGAGGUUAUUGUUGUUGACAGAAAAAAGAAAUCAUUGGAAACCAACUUCUGCAAUUGGGGCAUAAAAAGAGUUGACAUUAUUUCUAAAUACAAAACAAGAAUAGUAUUGCCUGCAGCAGAGUCUCAAAGAGUGCUGUAAUUUCACAGGACACUUCUUACCAGCAUUCACAAUUAAUCUGUUUCAUAAUGCAAUAAGUGAUUUAUUCUCUUGAAAUGAUAUAAAGAAUUGUCUCAAUUUUCUCAUCAAUAACAUAUAAAGUGGCAUUUCACAUAUAUAAUACCAGGAAGUGAUUUUUUUUAGUCCUUUUUUUUAUAGUCUGCAGCAAAAAGAUUCACACGGCAAAAAACACAUUCAUCAAUAAAAGAUGAGUACUUUCUGAAUUAAUGAAAAUGGGAAUGUGGGAUCAUGAAGCUUACAAAUUUUCCAGUUAAUACCACAAUUUACAGAAUGAUUCUUUUUAUCAAAAAUAUUUUAAGACAGAAAUUAGAAUCCAUUUGAAUUGUACGGGAUGAAGCAAUUGACUUCAUCAACAUGCUUGUUGAAAUGAGAAGGAACACAGUGAACAAUAAUAAAAAACAAGGUAAACAGGAGUAAAUUACAAAGAGGUACUUGCAAUGGAGACAUGGCAUUAACGUUCCAAUCAUUUGUUGUUAAGAGUCAUCAGGGAUGGUUCAAGCGAUACUGCAGGCCAAAAAUAAUUAUAUUUAAAGAAA